AUGUUGAGUGCGAAAAUCAACCAAAUGGAACAUAUCGCAUAUAAUAUUCAUGAUAUUAUUAAUCUGAAUGAACACGUUUACAUCGCGAUCACCAAUGAGUUCAAUUAUUUCGAAGAAUACAUCAGAACUAAUUUCUCGAGUGUUAAUGUAAGUUUUUUUUUGAUUUUUUGGCAAUAAAAUAUGUCAUUUUCUCAAUUUUCAGGCGUUCCUCGGAAAUUUCUCCAAAUCUUGCGGAGAAUUCGAAGAAAUCACCACGAAAAGAACUCGCAAAUUGUGUGAUUCGAUCGAUUUCAUGAGCGAUAUGCGACGAAUUUAUCUUCCUUUGAACUUCGUUUUCUUGAUUUUUACAAUGAUUUUGUAUUCUUUCAAACCCUACAACUAG